AUGCCUCUUGUCGUGCACAUUUGUGGCUUCUGGGGCACCACCAAUUUCCGCAUAUAUACUGGUAUUGAGGCCAGCAUCUGCUUAAACACGAAAACUAAGUCAAGUGCUGGUCACGUUGGUCUGUCUAACAAAUUCAAACACAUUGCAUAUUGGCUCGGUAAGGUCAACUUCAAAGCCACCGCGAUCAUCCCUGCAUCACGCCGCUCUCUUCGAGCGUCUGUCGAGCGGUCACCGGAGGCCACCGCCACCCAUUGGCAGCAGCAGCCGCGCUAGCAGCACCAAAAGCUGCAGCUUGCACUCCUCAUCCAAAUCACGGCGAGUUCCUCGCGGAUUGGCGCGCGCCAAACGGCGGCGCUGGCGGUGUCUCUCGACAAGUCCGCUGAUUUAUAUUAGCGUGCGUUGCCGGCGCGAGCCCGACCAGAACGCGCCGCGGCCAGUCGUGGAGGCCAAGAAACUUCGCGAGCGGUUUCCCUCGUGGUUUGUGUGUCGCGGGUUAUUUUGGACAACGGGCUCAGCUGCGGCGGAAAUGGUGAGGACUGUGCCAACUGGUUGCAGUCAAGUGACGUGGCCGCUCAAGUAUUUCUGCUCAGCUGCUGUAACGGUGCAAAAAAAACAUCCGAGUGGUAAAAGUAUCUUGACGUUGCGAGUUAGGCUGAGUC